GUACUAGGCUCGGUCUUGAGGAAGUAACCUGAGUUCGUAACACAAGGGAAAAGAGGAGUGAAACGGCGGUUUUGUUUGCUUUGGGGGGGUUGAGGAUAACCGUCUCAGAAUGUCUGGAUUUGACAGCAACCCCUUUGCGGAGCCCCUAGAUCUCAACCCUUUCCAGGAUCCUUCGGUGACACAGGCGACCGGCAGUGGACCGGACCGCGUCUCAGAAUACAACCCAUUCUCUGAGAGCUCUCAGGACAUGCAGAACAGGACCACUAUCCCCGCGUCACCUUCCCAGCCGGCCGUACUGCAGCCAUCGGUGGAGCCCAGUGCACAGGCCGCGGCUGCCGCCGCCCAGGCAGACCUCCUCAGACAGCAGGAGGAGCUGGAGAGAAAGGCGGCUGAACUGGACCGUAAAGAGCAGGAGCUCCGUAGUCGGGGAGCCGCCACAGGCAAAGAAAAUAACUGGCCCCCCCUUCCACGGCAUUUUCCCAUAAAACCUUGCUUCUACCAAGACUUUGCUGAAGACAUUCCUCUUGAAUACCAAAGAGUCUGCAAGAUGAUGUACUACCUUUGGAUGUUUCACUGCGUGACCCUGUUCCUGAACGUGCUGGCUUGCUUGUCCUACUUCACUGUGGAAGCCUCUCAUGGGGUGGACUUCGGCCUGUCCAUCCUCUGGUUCAUCCUCUUCAGCCCUUGCUCCUUCCUCUGCUGGUAUAGACCUGUGUACAAAGCCUUCAAGUCAGACAGCUCCUUCAGUUUCUUCUUCUUCUUCUUCGUCUUCUUCUUCCAAGUGGUGGUCUUCAUCAUCCAGAGUGUUGGCAUCCCAAACUGGGGGAACAGUGGCUGGAUCUCCUCCAUAUCCAUGAUCAAGACCAACCUGGCCGUGGCGGUGGUCAUGAUGGUGGUGGCUGGCUUUUUCACGGUCUGCGCCGUGCUCUCGGUCAUUUUGCUACAAAUGGUCCACUCCAAAUACCGGCGGACGGGGGCCAGUUUCCAGAAGGCCCAGCAGGAGUUCUCGCAGGGUGUCCUCACCAACAGAACCUUCCAGAAUGCGGCUGCCACGGCUGCCACCUCUGCUGCUCAGGGCGCCUUCCAGAGGAGCUAGAAGGUGCCUCUGCGAGAAGAUCCUCUGCCCACCUGCUGACCCUGUUGCCUCUGGAAACUUCAGCCACAUCGUCGGAGAAAACCUGUGGGAGGCCUGUCUGGAUGCCUUGGCCGUGGGGGGGGGGGUCCCUUGCUCUGUAUUCUUCUCUCGAACACUGUAGUCUAACUUAAACGUGCAGCCGCAGAUCAGGAGCAGAAUAGUUGCUCUGCUGUCUCUCAAAUGGGUGCAAUAACGAGGUGUAUUGAUUACUUCCUGAGGUCUUCCUUAGUCCGUGUCUGUAUGUCUCCUUUUAUGAUAAUGGAUGUAUGAAGCGGGUCGACUGUGUGCGUUCUGAAUCAUUCUCAUUUUAUUUACUGUACAGCGGUUUUUAAUUUUUUUCCCCCCAGUGCCCCCUUCUGGUGUUUGUGAAGGUAAAGUUAGGUUUGAAUGAUCACAUUGCGGAGACGCACGCAGGUGUCGCACGAAAGGGCAGGUUGUUUCGCUAUGAGCAGAGCUGAUUGGAGCACUAAGCAUGCUGAUUUUUACGGUGUUUGAGCCAGCUGACACAGUUUCUGCUGAUUGGUCCAUCUCUUCAUCUGAGUAACUUUUUUCCGCAUUAGGUGUUUUUUGUCUUCAGUAAUAAUUGCCAUUUUCCCUUUUUAUGCUUAUUUUUAGGGUUUAUAAAUUUUGCAUAAAGAUUAACAGCAAGGUAAGAUGACCAACAGCAUGUAUUUCUAUCCUAUGAUAGUCAAUUUUACAAUUAAUUUUAUCUGUUUAGAAUGUUUUUGAGCAAAUGGCUGGUCAUUGUCCAGUGUUACUAGAUACUUAUGGUAACCUGAAACCCAGUGGUUGCUAUGUGUGUUCCUAAGUGGAAUAGAUUAAACUUGUUCUCAGUUUGGGCACCUUGCUGGCAAGAUGAGAAUCCCCUCACUAGUGUGUUGACUUAUGGCUGAUUUUACACUUCUGUGUAGAAUCUCCACCGUCGGUACAGUGUAGGUAUGGUGUAGCUGUGUACCCUACACCAUAGCCUGUGCCGUAGCCUGUGCUCUAUGUCUAAAUUAGCCUUUAGAAGUUACUGUUACAUUUUGUAGUAUUUUUACCUGUCUGCCCUGGUGACUAAAGAAAGAAGAAGCUGCUGGAAUUUUCCAUGAUAUGGGCACAUUUUGCCUUGAGGUUACAGAAUGCGCUGUGCCCCCCCCCUCAUGCCCUCCCCCGCACUGGAUAAGCAGCCACGGGGAGGAUUGCACCCUCCCUGUUUGAUCGUCCUCUGUUUUGAAACUUACUUGUGAGUUUCUGCCACCAGAAUUCCGAUCCCUUCUGCCAUGGUGUACCUACCAGUCACAGGGAGCAGCAGCGUUGUACAGCUCUAUCUCCUUAGUACGGUAGUAUCUUCCAUGUUUAGAUUACAGAAGAAUGCCCUUUAGAAAAUGUAGACUUAUCAGUAAUGAGGAUCCUUAAAUCCCUAAACUGUAAAGGAUUUUUUAUCUGGAGCGUAUUUAACAUGCUUAAUCAUCGUCUCUUGUGUUAAACUAUAAUUGUAAUUACCAUGGAAAAACCUUUUAUCUGAAUAAUUAAAUGGGUUCUUGUAAUAUG